UCGUAACACGGCCAAAGGGUUAGGGUUGCACGAGGACAGUAAAAAGUUAACUAGCAGCGCGGUUUGAAACGGAAGGCGAACUGGCAGAUUUAAAUGGCAAUUCCAUGUAUAGUUCGUCUAAAACAAAGCCGCAUCGAUGGUGUUCGUUUUUUUAAAUCAGUGCUGCGAAGGCGAUACACCUUCUCAUUUUUAUAAUUAUUUUUAUUUGAAACACAAAGUGCAAAUGCACGACAGAACGUAGUACAUCUAAAGACAUCAAGUUGGUAGAUCAACAAUCGCAAGUAAAUAAUAAGGUGUUGCAACAAAUGUGCAACACAUUGAGUAGGGAAAUUAAAAAGAAGAGAGGAAAAAUGGAGAGGAGGGGACACGUCUACAAAUUAGUCUGAGCGAACACUUUAACGAUACACUGUACAGCUUCUCAGAAACCGAACGACUGUGAUCCAGUCGAUAAAAGAUAUGUCCACGUAAGACCUUGCAAAGGUUGCAGCCAAUCACGAGGCUACGUUUUGGACAUGUCCGAAAUUCUCCGAAAUGAGCGCCACACGCUUUAUUAUCAGCCGUUAUCACAGAGUCGCGUAUUUGGAGCUCUCUUUCGCCAGAUGGGCAGAGUGGAUCGGCGCUGGUCUGAUCAGGGUUCAACAAUGGCGUGGUGUAUUCUGGGUGCUGCAGUCCUUAUGCUGAGCCUGGGGGUGGAUGGGGCAGGGGGUGGAGAAGGGGGCGGGGCAGGGGGUGGGUCCUACGUGGCGGCCGUGUACGAGCACCGCGUCAUUCGGAACCUGCAGCCCAAGGUUCCGCUGAGCCGGCAGGAAGCGCUGGAACACAUGAAUAAGAACCUGGACGUGUAUGAGGAGCAGGCUGCUGCUGCCGCCAAACAGGGCGGAGUGGAUCGGUGGUGGUAUGAUCUGGGUUCAGCGAUGGCGCAGUACAUUCUGCGUGCUGCUUCUGUCCUCCUUCUGAGCCUGGGGGUGGACGGGGCGGGGGGUGGAGAAGGGGGCGGGGCAGGGGGUGGGUCCUACGUGGCGGCCGUGUACGAGCACCACCUCAUUCGGAACCUGCAGCCCAAGGUUCCGCUGAGCCGGCAGGAAGCACUGGAACACAUGAAUAAGAACCUGGACGUGUAUGAGGAGCAGGCUGCUGCUGCCGCCAAACAGGGUGCCCACAUCAUUGUGUUUCCAGAAGAUGGCAUCCAUGGCUUUAACUUCACCAGGGAGUCCAUCACUGGUUACCUGGAGACAGUGCCAGACCCCAAGGCUGUGAGCUGGAACCCCUGUUCUGACCCAACCCGCUUCCCUAAUACUGAGGUUCAGCAUCGUCUCAGCUGCAUGGCCAAGAGCAACAGCCUGUACCUGGUGGCAAACAUGGGGGGGCGUGAGGAUUGCGAUGCCCAGACAACCCCCUGCCCCCCCGAUGGGCGCUACCAGUUUAACACGAAUGUGGUGUUCAGUGCUAACGGCACACUGGUAGCGCGUUACCGCAAGCGGAACCUGUUCUUCGAAUUCGAGUUCGACACGCCUGCUGACCCUCAGCUCAUCACCUUCGACACACCCUUCGCUGGUCGCUUCGGCCUGUUCAUCUGCUUCGACAUGAUGUUCUACAACCCAGCGAUGGAGCUGGUGGAGAAGCUGGGCGUGCGGCAGCUGGUCUUCUCCACAGGCUGGAUAAACACGCUUCCCCUGAUGGAUUCUGUACAGUUUCACCGCUCCUUCUCCUACGCCACUAGCACCACCCUCCUGUCCGCUAACCUUCGCGUAGAUGGGAUGAACACGACCGGCAGCGGGAUAUACAGCCCCUGGGAGGCUCUAUAUUACCACGCACAGGAGGGCGAGCCACCAGCUGGCCGGCUGCUGGUGAAAACACUUCCUGUUCUGGACUCCCUCAGGCCUGACCUUCGACCCCACAGCCCCCCCCUCCCACCACCCAUCUCAGGAGACCAGGAGCCCCCGUGUUAUCAGCAGGGGGACGGGGAGUGCCAGAGGACUGUCCCUGAGGGAAGGGGUCACCCAGAGGAGCCAGCUGCCCCCAGCAGCCCCUUCAAGGCGGAUAUGAUGAGCGACAAUUACACCAUGGUGCUCAUAGAGGGUGCUGAGGGUAACCUGUCUGUGUGCGAUAACGCGCUCUGCUGCCACCUGCAGUUCCGAAGGCGCACUGCGCCCCAGGAGCUCUACGCCCUGGCAGCCUUCGACGGCCUGCAUAUGAACAGAAUGUACUUGCAGGUGUGUGCGCUGAUUAGGUGCAGCGGUCCCACCCCUCAGGCCUGUGGGAAAGCGAUCGACCACGCCGACACGCUCCUGGACUUCCGGCUGAUGGGAAACUUCAGUACGCGCCACGUGUUCCCAAGCGUGCUCGGGAGCCACAUGCAGCUGGACCGCAUCGACCACAGCGGCUGGGAGGGGCGGGGCUUCUACAUGACCCGCCACGGGAUGGAGCGCGGUCUGGUGACUGCUGCGCUCUGCGGCAGAGCGUAUGACCGGGACCACACCCACACCGCCGCUGGGGCCAGUGAUAUAAACGUGUAGAAAUACUGACUGUCUCACACUGGAAUAUGAACACGUGCACAUGCAGUCAUUUGAUGCAUCAUGGGGAAUGGAGUGAAGUGUGUGUGUAGAACUACACUGGAAGGGUGAGAACUGGAAUUUAGCUUGUAUUUUCAUUUCUGUCCUGGGACAGCGAAGGGUAUGGUAAGCAGGUAAAGUGGGGGGGGUAAACAGGUAAAGUGGGGGGUAAUGUGAAAUCUGCAUUCAGUAACUGGGGUGGUGAAAUUUUCCCUCAUCGGUGGAGCUCAUUCUCUCUGGAGAUCCACACUGUAGCUGCCAAAGUAGCACGAAAACUGUAAGAUCUCAAUAAAAAAUCAUCAAUAAGUUCAAAUGAAAGCUCAGAA